CUGAUUUGUGUUUGUUUUCUUAGCAGACGGCAAGGUAACGCUAGACAAUUUUGUCGUUUUCGAUGAAGAGAACUUCUCCAAGGCAAUAAAAGUGACCGUUUCAGAACAGCAGCAGCAUCAAUACAGCACAGACAGCUCUGAUGAACCACCUACAUCACUGAUCCCAUUAGAGAAGGUGGUUGGAUUGACUUCUUGCUCCAGAUGGACCAGCAGCAGCAGGGCCAGUCCUACAUGCUUGCCAGUCUGACGCGGCCCCACUCCGAGCAGCUGCUGCAGGGUCUUCAGCUGCUCCGCCAGGACCAUGAGCUGUGUGACAUUGUGCUGCGCGUGGGCGACUCCAAGAUCCAUGCUCACAAAGUAGUGCUGGCCAGCAUCAGUCCCUACUUCAAGGCCAUGUUCACCGGCAACCUGUCUGAGAAGGAGACCUCCGAGGUGGAGUUCCAGUGCAUUGACGAAACCGCAUUAAAGGCCAUCGUGGAGUACGCCUACACUGGUACAGUCUUCAUCUCUCAGGAGACGGUGGAGUCGCUGCUGCCGGCUGCCAACCUCCUGCAGGUCAAGCUGGUCCUGAAGGAGUGCUGCAGCUUCCUCGAGGGCCAGCUGGACGCCGGGAACUGCAUCGGCAUCUCCCGCUUCGCAGAGACUUACGGCUGCCACGAACUCUGCCUGGCCGCCUCCAAAUUCAUCUGCGAGAACUUUGAGGAGGUGUGCCAAACGGAGGAGUUCUUUGAGCUGACGCGCACGGAGCUGGACGACAUCGUCUCCAACGACUGCCUGAAGGUGGUGACGGAGGAGACGGUGUUCUACGCGCUGGAGUCGUGGAUUAAGUACGACGUGAGCGAGCGCCAGCAGCACCUGUCCCAGCUCCUGCACUGCGUGCGGCUGCCGCUGCUCAGCGUCAAGUUCCUCACUCGCCUCUACGAGGCCAACCACUUAAUCCGCGAUGACCACGCCUGUAAGCACUUGCUGAACGAGGCUCUAAAGUACCACUUCAUGCCAGAGCACCGCCUUUCCUACCAGACUGUGCUCUCCACAAGACCUCGGUGCGCCCCGAAGGUCCUGCUCGCCAUCGGAGGCAAGACUGGACUCUUUGCUACGCUCGAGAGCAUGGAGAUGUACUUCCCCCAGACGGACUCGUGGAUCGGCCUGGCGCCCCUCAGCGUCCCCCGCUACGAGUUUGGCGUGGCGGUGGUGGACCAGAAGGUGUACGUGGUGGGCGGCAUCGCCACACACAUGCGUCAGGGCAUCAGCUACCGGCGGCACGAGAGCUCGGUGGAGCGCUGGGACCCUGACAGCAACACCUGGCUCUCGGUGGAGCGCAUGGCUGAGUGCCGCAGCACACUGGGGCUGGUGGUGCUCGGGGGCGAGCUGUACGCGCUCGGCGGCUACGACGGCCAGUACUACCUGCAGUCUGUGGAGCGGUACUCGCCUAAGGUGAAGGAGUGGCAGCACGUGGCGCCCAUGACGGAGUCGCGCAGCUGCUUCGCCACGGCCGUGCUAGACGGCAUGAUCUACGCCAUCGGGGGCUAUGGCCCUGCUCAUAUGAAUAGUGUUGAGCGCUACGACCCGAGUAAAGAUGCCUGGGAAAUGGUGGCCCCCAUGGCAGACAAGCGCAUCAACUUCGGGGUGGGGGUCAUGCUGGGCUUCAUCUUCGUGGUGGGGGGACACAACGGCGUCUCUCAUCUCUCCAGCAUCGAGCGCUACGACCCUUACCAGAACCAGUGGACAGUGUGUCGACCAAUGAAUGAGCCCCGCACAGGAGUUGGCGCUGCAGUGGUAGACGACUACCUGUACGUGGUGGGGGGCCACUCAGGCUCCUCCUACCUGAACACUGUGCAGCGCUACAACCCCAUCACGGACAGUUGGCAGGACUCCAGUGGCAUGAUGUGCUGUCGCUGUAACUUUGGCCUUACUGCCCUUUGACCCUAGGGUCACCUGGGGGACAGACUCUCUUCACCGAUGCACAGCAAGAAAGAAGGAGGGAUUGAAAAAAAACGAAUGGUUUUCUUUUGGGGUUUUCUUCUGUUAUUCGUCCCCUAGAUCAACCUCGUUUCGCUCUACAGCGGUGAUUGAUGGAUAGAUGGAGGGCAGACGGGCAGGCAGGCGAAUGGAGUGGUAAAAGCUCGCCCCCUGUUGGACUGGAGGACAAAAUGCAUGCAGGAUAUUGAAGCUGACGAGCAAGCAUCUGGGUCCAGAAAGAUGACCAGAGUCCCGUUGGAGAAACGAGACGACAGAGGAUGAGGAAGAACGCACAGAUCGUCGCAGAACAGUCUUGAGACCUACAAAGAGAAGAACUAGUGUUGUGUUUUUCUCUCUUUGAGCCAUUAACAGAAUGAUAGAAUUCAGUGUCUUUGCUUUCAUCAACAUUUUAUAUAUUUUUUUCUCAUUUGUUGUGUUAUGUUUUUGUUUACACAGUAGCACUGGAUGUGUUUCUUAAGUUUCUCACUCCUGACAUGCAUGUCGUUUUGUCUUCUGUCAUCGGUCUCUCAGCUCUAACCAGGGCGUUAGCUGUGGGGUGUGACCCAUUUCCUAGUACAGUGUGGUCAAGGUGAGCAUAUUACUAAUGUUCACCUCUUCCUGUAUGCAUGUUGGGCCAAGCAAUUGAUCAGCGUGGAAGUUUGUGUGUGUAUAAGACAAAACACAACCGGUAGAGUGGUGGUGAUUCUGCUGGCCAAGUUGUCUGCACUAAAAAAAGAAACAGUGCUUCACAAAAAAAUUGAAAGAAAAAAAAACUAAAUAUUUAUACGCACUUAAUAAGGGCUGCCUUUAUCUCACUCUUGUACCUCUCUCUCGAGUGAUAGUGACACACACACACACAAACCAUGGCGUGUGCCAAGAAUAAGGGACGCGUUUGCUUAUGUCUUUGAAUCUACAAAAUGCUAGAGAAUAACAAAUAUAUAUUACCGGAAAGCCAAAAUGUGAUCAUUUCUCUAUGAAAUUAAAGAUAUCUUACAUCGUAAGGACAGGUUUGGAAAUAAAUAUUUAUUAUUAUUUUAGACUGGUAAUGUAUCUUUCCAAUGUGUAAAUGACCAUUGUAUAUGCUGAUACAAGGUUAUUAUUUGGAAUGUUCCUGACUGAUUCAGUUUAAAAAAAAAAAAAAAUCCCAGACCUACAGACAGUUCCUAUUAAGACAUCUUUCCCCUGAAGUAGUUACCCAAUGUAUGAGAGUCCAUGAAUGUCAGCUUUCCUGGGAAUACAUUUGUUAUCCCUCGUGUUUAGAUUUGAAAAUAUAAGCAUCUUAAAGGUGUCUCAUCAUAUCUCGUACAUGUGUGUGUGCGCGUACAUACGUGUGUGCGUGCGUGCGUGCGUGCGUGUGUGCGUGCGUGCACGCGUGAGUGAACAAGAGAAUAUGUUCUCUAAUGCAUUGCCUGUAAAUGUUUCCCGCACUGUGUGUUUGUGUGUGUGGUGAUCAUUCAUGACAUUGGUGGUUUGCAAGUUCUUUUCAUUUAAUUUCUGUCUUUUUUGUGGAAAAGUUCUAAUACCACUGUAGUACUUGUAGUACAGCUAAACAUUCACUCCUGUAGCACUUCAUAUUUCACCCCGUUUCCUCUUGUUUUGCUUUUAAUCAGGUUAUUUAAUAUGUGUAUGUCUGAAUGUGUGCUUUUGAUCACCUGCAUGAAACUGGAUCUUGCUUAGUUUUACCAUACUACUUUGCCAUGUCUCAUCUUGUCACUUGUUUAAAUACUAAAUACUUUAAUGGUGCUAUUUUUUAGGAUUCAGGAUUCAGCUUUUGUGUCAAAGUGUAGGAUUUACUUCAUGGUAUGGCAUUGUUUAUGUUGUGGUAAUUGGGUCACUUUUCAACCUGUCUGAGAGGAUAAAAGCUUGCUUUACAAAUCCAUGCAAUAAUUGUGUACGCGUGUGUGCGUGCGUGCAUGCGUGCCUGUAAAUGUGUUUUUUUUUUCUUCACCAUAUAGAAAAGGUCACAGUUCUUGAUGUAAAACAGACUCCAAGCUGAUGUUGGCCAGACAUCUAUUCAUCCUUUUUUAUAGUUUGGCUAUGGAUAGCUGUAGGUCUGUGCCAGUCAGUCAAGACGAUGGCCGUUUCCCAAUGUCUAGUGUGCAUCCUUCGAAGUGUAUUAGCCUUCGCAAAAACACGGCCAGUGAUUGUAUACUCUUUGGUGAACUCUGCGGAGUAUCCAAUCACUGGGCGUGACUUAUUAGGCUGACGCACUACCAAGGCUCAUACACUUGACAUUGGGAAAUGGUGACUGUGUCUUGAUUUGACAUUAUUUUCCCACCUGUGUCUUGAAUGGACAUUAUGUUCUCACCUGUGUUUGAUUGGAGUUGCCCUCUUGUGUCUUCUAGAGGGGCUCCUCCAGCUUGAGGCAAUUCCACUAUUCUCAUUCAAUCCCACCCCCGUCUCUUUAGAUGGAACAUUUCGCCUGUUUAGUCAGCAGCAUUUCAACAAAUGUGCUGCUUAUUUACUGGUUAUACUUAGAAACGGUCCUUGUUCUUACCUGUAUCUGUAUUAUCUGUGUGUCUCCAGAAAGAAAUUAGUCACUGUUUUUAGUUUUACACUUAACAAAUGCACACUGGCCUUCUGAGAACAAGUGCCAAAAUACACCUUUUUUUCUUUUUUCUUUUUUUGAGCUCAGCAAGCUUACAUGUUACAUUCAGCAUUUUGCAUUUGGCUUGAUGGAAGGGGCAUUUAGAGUAACUGUAGUAAGGUAGUAAGUUUUACAUAAGGGAGUUUAUGCAGUAUAAUUUCUCAACCCCAACAUGAGGCAAACAAGAUGCCCAGAAACGCAUCCAAUUUCGUGAGAACAUUGUGUGUGAAUAGUUUCAUCAUAUAGUACCAUUUCUAUUACAGUUAAGGUGGGUUGGGACUUGAAAAUGUGAGCUGGUAUGCGUAGGUUAAUGUACCAAACCAUUUGAUACUUUUAAUAUCAAUAUGUUGUACAUGGUAAAAAUUAAUUGUCCCCAGGAUGUAUGGCAUUUCAAGACAAUGCAAUAAGACAAUUCUUCUACAAGCAGAGAUAUGUUCUUUGUGUGUUCAUGAAGCCAAGGUGUUUCUGGUUACAGCUAUGAUCCACUGUGUGGCAUGUCUGUGUUUGUCAGUGACUGCUAAUCGUCAGGUGAAGGCAAAUGUCUGGAAAUCGUGGUGUGAGCUUCAUUUUGUUUGUUGGUGUUCAAGUCAUGUUUUUUUUUUUUUACUUAUUUUCUACAUUUUAUUUUGUACACUUUGUUCUUAACUUAUUUGGUAGAUACUAACAAAACUGCAUUUAUAGCGUCUUCUCGUACUUGUACGAGUAACCUGAAGCGCUUUACAUUGAAUGCCUCAUAUUCACCCAUUCACUGGUUGCAAAGGCUACUGUGCCAGAUGUAAUUCUGCACACCGGGACCAGUUUGGACUGAUCAUGCUCGAGGACAACCACGCCUAGCCAGGAGGAGGAAUCAAAUCAGCUGUGAUUGCUGUGUGACUAACAGACUGACAGCCAUUCCGGGCUCCUUUUAGAGAUCCCAACUUCAUGACACGUCACUCAGCACAUGUCUUUUUGCCGUCAUUGUUUGAAGAUUUUUGUUAAAAAUUUUUUUGUUUUAAUCCAUUUGUUUUUUGGUUUUUUUUAAUCCAUGUAGACGGGGCUGAAUGCUACAUGCAUGUCUUGUUUUGUUCUGAAGAAGCUUGGAGGUCAGCUUUGUGAAGGGAUUCAUACCCCAGAGCUAUCACAGAAGGCGUUACACCUUAGCCUGGUUCUCACCGACGUUGAGAACCAGGCUAGUUACACCUGACCAUCUGGAUGAAAUAAUGUUCUGCUAGAGAAAUUACUCUCUAAUUACUAAAAUGUUUUACUUGUUAACAUGGACUACUUUACUUUUAUUUUUACAUGUAGCCUUAUUUGGUUUAAAUUUACUUCACAUUUUGCCAUCCCUAAGUAUGAUUUGAUUGCUUUAUGCACAACAUCCCUUAUCUAAAGAAAAAUCAUGUCUAUUAGCCUAUUCCUGACAUUGGUGUUAAACCACUGUAAACUACCCUACCAAUAAGAUGUUAGCAGGCACUGACAUGAGUCAGCUUAUUUGAAAACUUCAGUUUGUUUUAUUUGUAAAACAAAUCUAAAUUACAUUCCUCUUCAUUAUUGUGUUAUGUUAUGUUACAAAAAAAAAAUCAAUCAAAUAUAUGUUUGUGGGUGUAGCGUGGCAAAAAGUCGUAGGCCUAUGAAUAUUUUUGCAAGGCACUACCGCCUUACCACCCUUCACUUUGAUUUCAAAUGGGAGAUGGGUCAUGCUUGAGAAAUGGACAAACAAAUCAGUAAGCUCACCUAAUUUCUAGAUAUCCAUCCAUGGAUAUUAUUUAAGUCUACUACUUUUCUAUGUCCAACAAAAUGUGUCAUAACACCCCCCCCCCCCCCCCAUAACCACCGCACACACACACAGACAUUGCUGAGAGGGUGGUCAGGUUGGGUUUUUAUUUUGUUUGUUUUUUUUGUUUGUCAAUGUAUAUUGUUGUGAAAAACGAAUCUAAAUCUGAAAACGUGAAACUGCAAAAUGAAGGGAUAUGUGUGUACCAUAUGUUUCCUGAUAGGUGUGUAUGAAUGUCUGUUUGUAUAAUGUGUGUAUAUAAUAUACGGAUUCUAUUACCAUGUCCUGUUUUGCCACUUUUCACCCAAGUGCUUUUCUAAAAAUGUGUAAAAUAAGAAAGAGAAAGAAAAAAAGAAUAAUGAUAUUAAAGUUAAGGACCUACGUAUACAUAGUGACUAGAUUUGGGGUUGCAACUUAAGAAAACAUAACAAAAAAAACCUUGAUGUCAAUGUUUAGCCAAACGUCAAAAUCUUGUUUUUACAUUUCACGUCAUCAUGUCUGAUCAUUGUUUGGAAAUAAGCUUGGCAGUUGAUUAUUACUGGAAUUAGGAGAUUGGAGUUAGCUUGGUGGUCACAUCUCUGUGGACUGCACCACUAGGUUGGACACAUCUGCUGAUGAUGAUCAGUCAGUCAGUCCAGUCUUAGUCUAUUACUACUUCCUAACUAGAAGCAGCACAAUCAUUAACUGGUUAAUCAAUUUUGAUUUUUGCUAGUUUAUUUAUUUAUGUGUGGUGUACAUAUGUGGAGUUAAUACAUAAUAAAUGCCUGCCUUACAAGGUU